AUGGUACCUCGCGUUACCUACUUCCCCCUUGUCCUAGAGAAAGUUCUUCGCCAGUUCAGUCAAUACUUAUCCGGACCCGAGGCCAAUGAAGUCGGACUGGACCCUAGCUUAUAUGUCAAUACCACCAGCAGCAUCUCUAGCGGUAGUGACAAACAUGGCCUGCCUCCCAACACCGUAAUUAGCUGUAGUAGUGUAGUUAGCGGUGCUGGUGGCAUCGGAGGUGUCCCUCACAAUGUUUCAAGCGAAACGGUGCCUGGCGAAAAUGCUUUGGACGCACUGGCUCAAAUGCCCUCCCUGCCAGUAAGUCGUUCCGAUGCAAUGGCGUUGAAGCAGCGCCAGUUAAUUUCCUUAGCCUGGAUGGAGAACCGAGUCUGGCUUGAGUACGAUCAGCUUCCACUAAAAUGGUAA